GGGAGCGGGCGGGCGCGCGCACGCUAGACGGCAGCGCCCGCUCACGGGGGAGGACACCCUCCCAUCCCCCGCUCCCAGGAAAGGAGCACGAUGGCGGGCGCGGGGGGUCCCUCCGCGCCACCGCACUCUCGAGCCGUGAGUGAGCUCUGCCAGAACGCCCGAGACACCUUCCUGGAGGCCUCGCGGCUGCUGCUCACCUACGCGGACAAUAUCCUCAGGCACCCAAAUGAAGAAAAAUAUAGGUCUAUUCGGAUUGGAAAUCCAGCGUUUUCUACUCGGUUGUUACCUGUCAGAGGAGCAGUUGAAUGUUUGUUUGAAAUGGGAUUUGAAGAGGGAGAAACUCAUCUGGUUUUUCCUAAGGAAACCUCAACUGAACAACUCCACAAAAUCCGAGAUCUGAUUGCUGGAGAGAGAAAUGUCAGAUUAAGUGAAUCAAGUCAAACCCAAAGAUCAGGAUCUUCUCAAACUGUAACCAGUAUGCAGCCUAUUGUACCUCAGUCUUCAACAGCUGCUGACUCAACCCCAAUCCCUGUCAGUAGGCAACUACAAACAUCAACUGCACAAUCUGCUGCAAUGGAGGCUGAAACAAUCUUCUUUAAAACCCUUCAAUCAAACUUUCAGCAUGUGCAAGUGUAUGAAAACCAGUCUCUUCAGAAGAAAGCAUUGGCUUCUAUUCCAGUUCAAGCAUUGAAAGAGAGAGCUCAAGAAAAGUUAGCACAAGCCAAAAAAGUGGAUGGAGGAGCCCAUGUGAAUGAAGAUGAUUUUUUGUUGUUGGAGCUCUUGCAGUGGUUUAAGGGUGAAUUUUUCCAAUGGGUGAAUAACCUUCCUUGCAGCAAGUGUGGUGGUCAGACAGAAUCGAAAGGUAUCUUAUCACCUAACGAUGAAGAUCUGAGAUGGAAUGCGAGCAGAGUUGAAAAUCAUCACUGUAACCAGUGCAAGUUCAGCAAUAGAUUCCCAAGGUAUAAUAAUCCUGAGAAACUUCUGGAAACAAGAUGUGGGCGUUGUGGAGAGUGGGCUAACUGUUUUACACUGUGCUGCAGAGCUAUAGGAUUUGAAGCUAGAUAUGUCUGGGAUUCAACAGAUCAUGUGUGGACUGAGGUAUAUUCUUCAUCCCAGCAGAGAUGGCUUCAUUGUGACCCUUGUGAAAAUGUCUGUGAUAAACCUCUUCUCUAUGAGAUUGGCUGGGGAAAGAAGCUCUCCUAUGUAAUUGCAUUCUCCAAGGAUGAGGUUGUUGAUGUCACCUGGAGAUAUUCCUGUAAACACGAAGAAAUACUUUCUAGAAGGACACAGGUCAAAGAAGCAGCAUUGCGUGAAACCAUAGAGAGGCUUAAUAAACUGAGACAGCAAAUCUUGUCAGAAAGCAGAAAGAGAGUGCUCCUGGAGAGGAUAAUUGUGGAACUUGUUGAGUUCAUUUCUCCCAAAACUCCUAAACCUGGUGAACUUGGUGGAAGGAUAUCUGGUUCAAUGGCUUGGAGAGUAGCCAGAGAUGAAAUUGGUUCAGAGAUGAGAAAAGAAGUCAUUUUUAUUCCAACUGGGAAAGAGAAGACGUCUAAACUCUUCCACCUCAGUUACAAUAUAGUGGAAGAUAGCUAUACACGAGUUUCCAAUAAUAAUGAAAAAAUCACUGGCUGGGAUAAAGGUGUGUGGAAGACCGAGUCUCUAUGGAGAAAGGUUGAAACGGAUUGGAAAAUGGUUUAUUUAGCCCGAAAAGAAGGGUCAUCCUCUGCUUACAUCUGCUGGAAGUUUGAGUGUGGGUCAGUUGGUCUAAAAAUAGAAAACAUUUCCAUUCGAACGAACAGUCAGACAUUUCACAGUGGAAGAAUAAGGUGGCGAUUGCGCUCCAACAUAGCAGAAGUUGAUCUGACUGGAGAUAAAAUUCUUCGCUCUUAUUCAGAUUUCUCUGAUGCAACAGAAGUUAUUUUGGAAGCUGAACUAAGUGGAGGGGAUGGUGAUAUUGCAUGGCAGCACACCCAGCUGUUUAGAGAGAGCUUAAGUAACUAUGGAGAAAAUUGUUUGGAGAUAAUUAUAAAACUCAUUGGUUUCUGAGAAUCUAAACAGAGGAGAAAUGCUAUUGGCAACAAGGAUUUAUUAUAUAUAAAAUGCUGUGGAUACAAUGUGAGGACUUGAUUGUCAAUUACCAGGGUUCAUACUGCUAUCUUUUUUCUUCCCAUUUGCCAGUUUUAAUUUGGCCAUCAUGAAAAUAAUAAAUAUUAUACUAUGGACCAUAGAGAAA